AUGAUAUCCCCACCAGCCCGCUUUACACCUCGUCUCCUCACAAUCCCGGUUACCUUCUUCCUCCUCUUUAUAAUAUACUCGCACCACGGCAUCUUCACAACUCUAGAACAAUACUCAAAAACCCCAAUCCUCCUUCCAGGUUCAGGACAGUCGCCGCCACCAUUAACACAUGAGGCAUCAACCCCAUCGCUCCAUUUAAUCGGCGACUCGUCGAUGUGUAAAGGUGGAACGAAUGAUGGUGUUAAAGGUGUAAAAUACGAAGGAUGGGGAGAAUUCAUGAAAGACUACUUCACCAUCCCCGUAGUCUCCCAUGCAAUCUCCGGCCGUAGUUGCAGAAUGUAUUCCCGCGAAGGACGCUUCGAUAAAGUCCUGUCCCUCACAAACCCCAACGACUACGUAAUAAUCCAAUUCGGUCGUAACGAAAAGGGUACCUUACACCCCAAGGACAACGGAAAAACCGUCUGUCCGGGACCCAAUAUCACUGAAACCUGUGAUGGCAAUUUUCAGGGUAAACCGACGACGGUACUUACCUUUGGAGGUUAUAUAUCAAAUGUGACGAGGAUAUUUAAGGAAAAAGGUGUAAACGUGAUUAUUGCGUCUCCGACGACGAAUAAUGCGUAUUCGUUUAGUAGUGAUAGGUUUUUUGAUAAACCGAAUGAAUGGGUUGGGUAUUCGGAGGGAGUGGCGAGGUUUGAAGAGGUGGAGUAUGUUGAUCAUUUUAAGUAUGGAAUUGAGAUGAUGAGGAAACUGGGGAAGGAAGGGACGCAGGAGUUGUUUCCUGUGAAGAGUGAUAGGUCGCAUACUAAUGCUUUGGGGGCUGAUAUGAUGGCUAAAGCCUUUGUGAGGGGGGUUGUUUGUGGAGGAGGUGGAUUGGGGAAGUGGGUUGAUGGGAAGGCGAUGGAGAGGGUUGGGGGUUAG